AGGGAGAGAGAGAACUAUAAAUCUCUCCUUGUGCCAUUAAUACUUGCCUCAGUUUUCUUGGCCAAACCAAAGAGAAGACCAGCGAGUUUUCUUAUUCGGAAGGAAGAACAAGAAGAAAUGGCUGGACAAGCAAUUUCAGAUGCCUUCCCACUAAAUGCAUGUCAGGAUCCCAAUCCUCCUCCAGUUGUAAAGAAGAAGAGAAACCUACCAGGAACUCCAGAUCCUGAAGCAGAGGUUAUUGCCUUGUCUCCAAGAACGCUCUUAGCCACCAAUCGGUUCUUGUGCGAGAUUUGCGGCAAAGGCUUCCAGAGAGACCAGAACCUCCAGCUACACCGCCGGGGGCACAACCUCCCAUGGAAGCUGAGGCAAAGAAGCACCAAAGAGCCGAGAAAAAGGGUCUAUGUGUGCCCCGAGAAGAGCUGUAUCCACCACAAUCCAGCAAGAGCGCUUGGAGACCUGACCGGCAUAAAGAAGCACUUCUGCCGGAAGCAUGGCGAGAAGAAGUGGAAGUGCGAGAAGUGCUCCAAGCGGUACGCGGUGCAGUCUGACUGGAAGGCGCACUCAAAGACCUGCGGCACGAGGGAAUACCGCUGCGACUGUGGCAUCCUUUUCUCCAGGAGAGACAGUUUUAUAACACACAGGGCCUUCUGUGAUGCCUUAGCUGAAGAAACCGCAAGAGUUGCUGCAACAUCGAACAUCAACAACAUGGCACCGAUCGGUGAUGCCGAUUAUCUUUUCACUGGCAGUUCGAUGAGAUCUAAUAUGUCGCAGAACUUCUCCUCCAAUAUUAAGCCUCAUACACCCAACUGCGAAGCCAAUGAUCAGGCUAGACCCGGGCUUUCGUUGUGGAUGGGCCAUGGCAUUCAGAACGGUGAGCCCUUAAGUCGCACUCCCAAUCUCUCUGACAUCAAUCAAAUUGGACCAAUGGGUGCCGGAACCUUGUAUGAUGAUCUCUUCACUUCAUGUUCAAAUGUCCAGCAACUCGACACUCAGUUAAGUUGGUUGUGUGGCAACAAGCUCUGGCCUACAGGCACUUGCGAGCUAACAGGCACCUCCAUUCCAACAACCACCAUGAAGGAGGUUGACAGCUCGCAGUCUCUCCUCACGAGCAUUCCUUCCUUGUUUAGCACUCAACAUCAGCACCAUCGAGCACCAGUUUCAGAAAUGUCUGCGACGGCAUUGCUUCAAAAAGCCACCCAAAUUGGUGUGACUUCCACCAUUCCAUUUGUUGGGAGUUUUGAGCCAUCAAAGUGCCAAGAUAUUCGGAUUGAAGAUGCUAGCUUAAAAUAUGAUGGAUUAGUCAAUUCCAACCAACUGAGCAAUCUAGAGAACAUUGUAAAUGGUUUCACUGAAUCAAACGAUAUGUUCGCCGAAAGACACCGCAGCUCUCUAAAGGAUGAUCUGGAAGGAGAUGGAGAGACCAGGGAUUUCUUAGGUGUUGGGGUGCAAACCCUCUGCCCCUCAUUAAUUAAUGCAUGGAUCUGAGCCUUCUUGGGCUCCUAUGUUACAAACCUACGCAUAGAAAGCGUAGUUGUUGAGAGAAAAGGAAGUAUAUAUGGAGAACCUACACUUCUGCAAAUUUUGCAGGAUAGAAAAGGUUGCAUCGUUGCUUGAUGGGAGUUGAUGGAUGUGUUCAGAGUGCCAAUGUGCAUGUCAAAAGUGACAAGAUAUCCGUGCAUAUUAUUCAAAGACCCUGAAAGGCACUCUUUUGGGGAGCUGCUUUAGUUUUGGAAAAAGUGUGGUGGGGCAGGCUAAGAGCAACCUCUUUUUAGCUUUAUUAUUUCAUUCCAUCUCUUCCUGGGUGGAUGUCUGUUUAAGCUGGAUUUUAUUAAUUUUAGUGUUCUCACAUUGCUAGAUUUUUCUUUUCUCCUUUCAUAAAACAAUGAGCAUU